UUUGUCGGCGCAGGGCUCUGCAAUCGGUUGAUCAAAUUAGAACAAUUUGUUAAAAAUAAAAAAGCAUUAGAAAUAAAACUACGAAAUUAAUAUAAAACUUUAAUUAAAACUAAAUAAAGUAUGAGUGUUGUGAAUAUUUAUAUUUGAAAACUUGAACAAUUUAAUUGAAACAAAGAUAAAGUAAGAAAGAAAAAACAACCACCGUUUCCAAUCUGAGGCGGCGCAGAAGAUGAAAACUACUCGUUUCGAAUAGAAAAGUUGUACACAAAUUCUUAACAGAGGAAAAAUUUUAGUUUUUCAUGGAAAUCUUUUAGUAUCGAUAAACAAUUCAACUAGCAAAGAGUGAACAAGAGAAAAUAAUAACAAAGAACUGAAUUAAUUAAAUAUUUUUUUGCAUUUAUAUAUUAACAUACAAAAAAAAAGUUAAUUAAACCAAUUAGCAUAAUAAUAUGGCUGAAGUACGCCGCAGAAAACCCGAUGAGACUGGAGAUGAGACAGAGAAUUUGUCGGCAGGUGCCAGUAAUACUACCGGAAUAAAUGAUGCCGAAAAACGCAACUCCUCUGCUGCUGAAUCCUCAGAUCAUGUUGAUUCAGAAGAAGAAAAAUUACCCGAAGAGAAAUUUGUUGAAGAAUUGGCCAAAACUUUACCACAGGGUACAGAUAAAACACCAGAAAUUUUGGAUUCAGCUCUAAAGGAUUUACCAGACAGAUGGAAAAAUUGGGUAAUACGUGGUAUUUUCACAUGGAUUAUGAUAUGUGGAUUUUGUUUAAUUAUCUAUGGCGGCCCAUUAGCAUUAAUGAUUACGACCUUGCUAGUGCAAGUGAAAUGUUUCCAAGAAAUUAUAUCAAUUGGUUAUCAGGUAUAUCGUAUACAUGGAUUACCCUGGUUCCGUAGUUUAUCCUGGUAUUUUCUCUUAACAUCGAAUUACUUUUUCUAUGGUGAAAAUUUGGUUGAUUACUUUGGUGUGGCCAUAAAUCGUGUGGGUUAUUUAAAGUUUAUGGUUACCUAUCAUCGUUUCCUUUCAUUCGCUUUGUAUUGCAUUGGUUUCGUAUGGUUUGUUUUGUCCUUGGUUAAGAAAUACUAUAUGAAACAAUUUAGUCUCUUCGCCUGGACUCAUGUAUCGCUGUUGAUUGUUGUAACACAAAGUUAUUUAAUAAUUCAGAACAUUUUUGAAGGUUUAAUAUGGUUCAUUGUACCCGUCUCCAUGAUUGUUUGCAAUGAUGUCAUGGCCUACAUGUUUGGUUUCUUCUUUGGCAAGACACCACUUAUUAAGUUGAGUCCGAAAAAGACCUGGGAAGGUUUUAUAGGUGGUGGUUUUGCUACCGUUUUGUUUGGCAUCAUUUUCUCAUACAUAUUGUGUCAUUAUCAAUAUUUCAUUUGUCCCAUUGUCUACUCAGAGGAAUUGGGUAGCAUGUCUAUGAGCUGUGAACCUGGUUAUUUAUUUACCGCACAGGAUUAUAGUUUGAGUGUGUUUGGUAUUGGCAAAAGUAUUAAGGUAAUACCAUUUAUUUGGCAUUCAAUUGCUUUAAGUUUGUUUAGUUCCAUAAUUGGUCCAUUUGGAGGUUUCUUUGCUUCUGGUUUUAAGAGAGCAUUUAAAAUUAAGGACUUUGGUGAUAUGAUUCCUGGACAUGGCGGUAUUAUGGAUCGUUUCGAUUGUCAAUUUUUAAUGGCCACAUUUGUUAAUGUUUAUAUUUCUAGUUUCAUAAGAACUCCAUCUCCUUCCAAAUUAUUAACACAGAUUUACAAUCUUAAACCCGAACAACAAAUGCAAAUCUUUCAAUCACUUAAAGAAUCACUUGGUGACAUGUUAAAUUAAGAGAUUUUUGUGAACAACAAGAAUAACAACUAUAUUAACAAACAUACCUAUCUCUCGUCCUUUUUAAUCCUAUAUCUCGUUCGUUCUUUAGAAUAAUCGACUACAAAGAAUUUUAUUGUAUGAAUGCAGAGCGUUUUUUUUUUUUUUUUUGUUUAUUUUAUUUUUUUCUUUUGCUGUUUGAUUUUGUAUGAAGAGUAAUAUUUAAAGUAAUUUUAAAAAAUAAUAAUUUAAUACAAUUCUAGCCGAAGUUAUUAGCUUUAGUUAAUUUUAAAAUAGUUCUCUUUUACAUAAUAUCAAUGUUUUAGAUUAAAAUAAUUAUUAAUUUUUAAUAUUACAAUUAUUAUUUUGUUGUAAUUUAUUAAAUAAAAAUAAUUUACAUAAUUUUUAUGUACCAAACUAAACUAAACAUCCUGGCAAACAACACUUUAGUAAGAAAACAAAGUCAAAGUCAGAUAAAGAGAGUCAAACUUAUUUUUUUGUAAUGAAUUUUAAUAUAGAAUUUAUUUAUUAAAUAAA